GCCAUGAGUUUUAGCUGUGAAAAUGAAACUUUUUGCAUGAAGUGCAGUUAGUAUUCAAGGUGCAUGUAUUCAAGGCAGAAAACUUGUGUGUCACUUCUGCAUUCUUCUGUUUACAAGUUGUGAUUAAGAACAGACAAUAAGUUUUUGAGUCCCGAGAAGAGUAAAUUUUAACAGUGUAAGAGAACCAGGCUGCUGGUUUUACUAAUUAUCUCAAAGAUUUUUAGUUCAUCUGUGCUCAUACUUGCAAGCUUGAGGGCAAAAUAAAAGGAGGAAGAAACCUGCCCACACUGAAGUUCAUGAUAAAAAUCUCAUAGUGCUAGCAAGCAAUGGAGCAAGAUUCACCCUGCACAGCAGAAAGGGAACUGUUGGAAGCUGUAAGCAGAAUUACCACAUCUUCUACCACAAGUCCAUCUGAUGAAGAAAAAAACGAACCCAAAGCAGAAAUUUCAUGUCAAGUGAGAAAAGAAAACCCAGAAAAAGAUGACAUGCAAGAUUCCAGUGCAACCCUAAGUCCCAACUCUUCGAUGACCACUAAGGAGCUUCAGGAGUACUGGAGGAAUGAAAAACGCCAGUGCAAACAAAUCAAACUCCUUUUUGAAAUCCCAUCAACCAGAAUUGUAGAGCACCACUUAUCUAAAUACGUGAUGUAUAAAAUCAUCAUUUUGCAAACAGGGAGUUUUGACAGCAACAAGUCCGUAAUUGAACGGCGUUAUUCAGAUUUUGAGAAACUGCACAGAAAUCUGCUGGAAGAAUUUAGCGAAGAACUGGAAGAUGUAACCUUUCCCAAAAAAACUCUAACAGGAAACUUCACAGAAGAAAUAAUCAAUGAAAGAAAAUUAGCCUUCAAGGACUACCUGAGACUCCUCUAUUCCAUGAAAUACAUCAGAAGAUCAAAAAAAUUUAUUGACUUUUUAACAAGGCCAGAGCUUCAGGAAGCAUACGGUUGCCUGCGGGGUGGCCAGUACACCAAAGCUUUGGAAAUCCUUUUAGAAGUCAUUGGGCUGCAGGAAAGGCUGACAAGAGGGAACCCUGUUGCAAUUGUCCCUACCCUCUGUGCCAUCGUGGUGUGCCACAAGGACCUGGAAAACCCAGCAAGUGCCUUUGAGUAUGGAGAGAAAGCUCUGUCACGCCUUUGUGUGCACACCAGCCACAGGUAUUACAUGCCACUGUUAGAAACAAUGAUCGCUCUGGCAUAUGAACUUGGCAAGGAUUUUCUGUCUUUGCAAGAAAAACUGGAAGAAUGGAAGACAAAGAAAGAUCCCGUACGGGUUUUUACCCUGAAAGAACUUGCAGUUCGGGAGUACGUACGGUGAACACAAGAAAAAAUGAAUGAAAGAGCAAACUCUUGGAAGAUUGAGAACUGGAAAUUACCUGAUUGGGUUGCUUAACAUUGUAUUAAUAGGAAAAAAAAUUAAAUAUCCUCUAUGCUCAAAGGGACAUUAACAUCUAUGUUGGAAUAUAUUACAUCUAAUGUACAGAUAUGAGGAGUUCCCAAGGAGCACUUUAAGGUUUCUUGAAGGAAAUGUGCAACAAAAUAAUAAUUUUUGAUUUUGUUGUUUUGAACAUAGCUUAUUUUGUGUGAAAAGUCAGAAAUAAGAAAAUACAAUUAAUAAAGCACUUGAAAAUCUACAGAA